AUGAGUACAUUUGGCCGCUUUUUUCGCGUCACGACGUUUGGCGAAUCGCAUUGCAAGGGCGUAGGCUGCAUCGUAGAUGGUGUUCCUCCUUCUCUCGCUUUGACGGAGGCUGAUAUUCAACCACAAUUGACACGUCGUCGUCCAGGUCAAAGUAAACUCACGACACCUCGUGAUGAGAAGGACAUGGUGACUAUUAUGAGUGGUACAGAAAAGGGUUUUACACUUGGGACACCAUUGGCACUUUUUGUACCUAAUGAGAAUGUACGUCCAAAUGAUUACAAGGAAAUGGAUCAAGUACCACGUCCUGGACAUGCUGAUUAUACGUACCAAAUGAAAUAUGGUACUCGUGCCAGUAGUGGCGGUGGUCGUGCAAGUGCUCGUGAAACAAUUGGUCGUGUUGCUUCUGGUGCAGUAGCUGAGAAGUGGCUCAAGGAGAAAUUUGGGACAUCUAUUGUGUGCUGGGUGAGCUCCAUUGGUACCGUUGACAUGCCCCGUGACGUGCUAAACAAUCCGGAAAAAGCCAUUUAUACCCGUGAAGAUGUCGAUACGAUCGGAUCGAUCCGUAUUCUACGUGAUCCUACUAAGUGGAUUAAAGUAGAGGAUGUGACCAAGCAGCUGGAACACGAUAAAGUGUACGAUGCCGAGUUUGUCAAGGCUGAAACCGACCUGAUCACGCCUGCGUACAUCGACACGGAGAACAUUGUGUAUAACCGAAAAGGUGACGUUGUGGCUGCUCCAGAGAAUCUGGACGCGUGGCUAACGGAUGACCUGAUCCCAGUGCGAUGUCCGCAUCCGCCAUCGGCUUGUGCCAUGUCUACUGUCGUGCGCACGAUGAAGGCGGAUGAGGACUCGACGGGCGGUGUAGUCACGUGUGUGAUCCGCAACGCACCAGUGGGUCUGGGUGAGCCAUGCUUUGACAAGAUGCAAGCUGUUCUGGCGCACGCCAUGAUGUCCAUCCCGGCUACCAAGGGUUUUGAAAUUGGCUCGGGUUUCUCUGGGACCAGCAAGCGUGGCUCGGAGCACAAUGACCCGUUCUGCGCGGGCUCCGAUGCGGAGAACCCAGAGAAGCUCGGGUUGACCAAAAAUGAUGCUGGAGGUGUGUUGGGUGGCAUCACGAGUGGUGCUGAUAUCUACUUUCGUGUGGCUAUCAAGCCCGUCUCGACUAUCGGACGUGCGCAGCCAACGGUCAGCUACGAUGGUAAGGAUACUGUACUGGAGGCAAAGGGCCGUCACGAUCCAUGCGUUCUUCCUCGUGUGGUGCCGCUUGUGGAGUCCAUGGCUGCUCUUGCCAUCGCCGAUGCUGCCAUGAUCCAGCUGGCUCGCGAUGGCAGUAAGCAGGACGAGCCUGCGCAGAAGAAACGCAAGCUUUAA